CUGACGACAGUUUCCACAUGCUCUGGCUCUAUGAUGACAUCCUCCCCACGCCCGAGGCACAAAGCCCGGCCAGCCCAGCCCAGUCUGACACCGACCACGUGGCGCCCGUGGCGGGAAACUCAAACCAGCAGGACACCGACCACGUGGCGCCCGUGGCGGGAAACUCAAACCAGCAGGACACCAACCACGUGGCGCCCGUGGCGGGAAACUCAAACCAGCAGGACACCGACCACGUGGCGCCCGUGGCGGGAAACUCAAACCAGCAGGACACCGUGGCAGUGGUUCAGCCGCGUGUCCGCAGUUCGACCGGCAACAGGACCAGUGGAUCGAUGCUGGGUCUUGUCACAACCAGCGAGGAUAGUGACAGCGACAGUGAUGACAACAGUGUCACCACUUUCAGUUCGUCCGAGAGUUCAACCGGCAGCAGGACCAGCGAGUCUAUGCCGAGCCUUACCACACCCAGCGAGGAUAGUGACAGCGACAGUGAUGACAACAGCAUCAUCACUGUCAGUUCGGACAGUGUCAUCACGAUCUCGGAUGACGAUGACAACUCAGAUGGCAUGUCCAUGUAAUUGAUUAUCAAGAUUUUUUAUUGAACAUUUAUGAAUAAAAACACAUAUGAGAGAAA